AUGUACUCUACAAAUUUGACCGUGCCUGCGCCUAAAAUUGUUGAUCGUCAAUUCAAGAAACCUCUGCUUUGUGGCCCUGGGCCCUGUGACGUUUGGCCCUCAGUGGCUGAAGCACUAACUAAACCUGUACUAUCACCUCUUUGCGAUGAAUUGUUCAAUGUACUCGACGACAUUCGAGCUGGAAUGAAAUAUCUUUUUCAAACGCAAAGCAACCUAGUACUGGCGAUGAGUGGUUCAGGUCACACGGGCAUGGAAGCUUUAAUAAGCAACCUAGUGGCACCGGAUGAAACAAUGCUCAUUGCAACCAGAGGUAUCUGGGAUGAACGCGCCUACGAAAUGGCAAAAAGAUAUGGAAUCAACGCAGUCGCUUACCGCAUACCAUAUAACAGAUCCUUCUCAUUGACGGAACUCGAAACGCAGCUGAGUAAAUAUCGUCCGGCAGCGCUUUUUAUCACUCAUGGGGAUUCGUCUACAGGAACUGUGCAGAAAAUUGAAGGCCUUGGAGAGCUUUGUCACAAAUAUGGUACAUUGCUUCUAGUAGACACAGUUGUCUCCCUAGUCGGUGUUCCGUUCUUUAUGGAUGCGUGGGGAGUGGAUGGAGUCUACACAUCGACGCAGAAAGCUUUAAGCGGCCCAGCCGGUAUAUCUGCUGUGGCAUUCAGUGCUCGGGCCGAGGAGAAAAUAAAUAAUAGAAAGCACGACCCGCCUUUUUACUUCGAUAUCAAAUUACUGGCGAAGCAGUGGAAUUGCUACGGGAAUACAAGAUCCUACCAUCAUACACUAUCGCCUCCGCUUAUCUGGGCACUGCGCUGUUGCCUCCAAGAAGUGUGCAAAGAGACGUUGCCAAAGGCUUGGGCGAGACACGCGGCAACCACUGCAUACUGCCACAAGCGUCUACAACAGAUGGCACUUGAAUUCCUGAUACCAAAUCCCGAAGAUCGUUUAACGACGGUUACGACUGUGGUGCUACCAAAAGGCUAUGAUUAUUUGGAGGUCGUCAAAUACAUGAUUAAAAAACACAACGUUCUAAUAUUUCCUGGUUUAGGACCAACAGCUGGCAAGUCUCUGCGCAUCGGAAUAAUGGGAGUCAAUUCUACCAUCGAAGUAGUAGAUGAAGUAGUGAAUGCCUUAACAGACGCGUUGCGAGCACUCACUAAAUCUUCUCUAUAA